UUGUAAUGAAUUGAGCUUCAAAUGUAUGGGUUGGUAUUGGGAUUUGAAACUAUAUGGGUUGAAAUAGAAGUAAAAGACAAAAAAACCUCUUCUUCUGUUGCGCUUAUAGACAUCCCGAUUCCGAUAUUGAUAUUUUUACUGCUCAUUUCAAAUCUCUUCUUCCCAAACUGAUUAACAAACGGAUUUUCAUAAUGGGUGACUUUAACAUAAAUCUUUUGAAUUAUGAUUCCAACAUACCUACCAAUGACUUUACUAACACCUUAUUCACCAACAACUUCUUACCAUGUAUACAUCACCCUACUAGAGUCUCGGACCACUUUGCAACAAUUAUUGAUAAUAUAUUCACAAACUUAGAAAAUUCUAACAUUACCUGUGGGAACACUUUAACUCAAAUAUCUGACCACCUCCUUCAGUUUCUUUUUUUAAAAAACGUUAAGCUAUCGUGCACUAAACCAAAGAUACUGAAAUACGAUUAUUCAAGAUUUGAUGAAAGAAAAUUUGUUGAAGAAUUGAUCUUUGGAAUAAAUUGAUCUGACAUAUUCAAAUUGCUCGUCUGAUGCUGAAACUAACUGUAACAAAUUUCUUGAAGAUGUUACCUUUUUGGUUAAAAAACAUGUGCCAAUUAAAAAGUGCACGAAACGAGAAAUAAAACUUAGAACCAAACCAUGGAUCAAUAGCAAAAUCCAAAAAAUGAUGCGAAUUCGAGAUCGCAUUUUAAGGAAGACUAAGAAAGGUAGAUCAAAGACUAAUCAUGAUCUCUACAAAAAAUUUAGAAACUGUAUGGCUAAUGAUUUGAAGAAAUCGUGAGUCAAUUAUUUUCAAAACUACUUUUCUAUAAACAGUCAAAAUAUGAAAAAGCUGUGGUCAGGAAUUAAAUCAAUUAUUUCCAAUAAAGCCUUUACUGCUUCUAGCAUAAAUAAAAUCAAAGACGAAAACGGAAAUACAACGUCUGACCCAGUUAAAGUGUCUAAUAUUCUAAAUAACUUUUUUGUAAAAAUUGCAGACAAUAUUACCAGAAACAUGCCAAGAACACCAAAAUCGCCUCUAGACUAUAUUACUAAUACAAAUCAAAAUUCAAUAUUUCUUUCUCCUGUGACCUACAUAGAAGUAGAGGAAAUAAUUAUAAACCUUGACCCGUCAAAAUCUGUAGGACCACACAGUAUUCCAAUUGACUUAUUGAAAAUUCUAGGCCCUCACAUCUCUGAAGGCCUAGCCAAACUGGUCAAACAAACUUUUCUUGAAGGCAUCUUUCCUUCUAAACUCAAGCUCGCUAAAGUGAUCUCCCUUUACAAAAAAGAUGAUCCUGAAAUAGCCUCUAAUUACAAACCUAUCUCUCUAUUACCUCUAUUCAGUAAGUUGUAUGAGCGAUUAAUGUACAGAAGUCUUUACUCCUUUCUCAUCUACCACAAAAUAAUAUAUCCCUUGCAAUUUGGAUUUCAGGAAAAUCAUUCAGUUGAACAUACGUUUAUUAGUAUGACUGAAGUCGUGAGGUCAACUCUUGACAAUAAAAAGUAUGGCUGUAGUAUAUUUCUCGAUUUACAAAAAGCCUUCGAUACUGUUAAUCACAAUAUUUUGCUCUCUAAACUUGAAUGCUAUGGUAUCAGAGGAAAUGCCCUUAGAUGUUUUAAUUCAUAUCUAUCAGAUAGAACCCAAUAUGUUUCAAAUAAUGGAACCAACUCUGAUUGUAUGAAUGUUACUUGUGGUGUACCUCGGGGAUCUGUACUUGGACCUCUUCUCUUUCUAAUUUUCAUUAAUGCCUUGCCUAAUGUCUCAAGAAAAUUGAGAUUUUAUCUCUUUGCCGAUGACACCAACAUUUACUAUGAUACGGAAACUCUUGAUAAACUUGUUAAAACUGUUAAUUAUGAGCUUAAAUAAGUUAUCCUUGAACAUAGACAAAACUAAUUAUGUUAUCUUCCAUUCUUCCUCAUCGUCAAUACCUCCAGACACUGUAAUUAAAAUAGGAAAAAACACAUCACCAGAGUCAAAUAUUUUAAGUUUCUAGGUCCUUUGCUUGAUGAAAACCUAAGCUGGAAGUAUCAUCUUGGUGAACUUUCCAAAAAAAAUUGGCAAGAACGUGUGGCAUUCUCUUCAGAAUUCGAAAUCUUCUUACAUCUGAAUCACUGAUAUAUAUCUACAAUGCUUUAUUCAUGUCAUUUCUACAAUAUGGCAUCACUGUCUGGGGACAAACAUAUGACUCGUACCUGGAGCCAAUAUUUAAGCUGCAAAAAAAGGCUGUCAGAGCUAUUUCUCAUCAAUCCUUUCGUUCUCCCUCUCUUCCCAGUUUUAAAAAGCUUAAAAUCCUUAGACUUCGAUACAUUUUUCAGCUAAGACUAUUAACAUUUGUUUAUGAAUCUAUAAAUAAAAAAAAAUUCCUCUUGCUUUCAUGAUUACUUGUCUUUCUAUGCAAAUAUUCACCAACACUUUACUAGGCAAUCUAAUCGUGGUAAUUUGUUUUUGACUUUAAGGAACAGUUUUUACAAUUUUACAAUUUUAGACUACACUUUGAGUGGUACGCAAAUUGGGAAUACGUUUUCUCAAAAUGCGCCUGCCGAAAGUUAUAAAUAUUUAUUUAGAAAUGAAGUUUGUUCACUUUGUUUGUUUGAUAGCCUAGUAAAUAGCCGAAGAAAUUAAUUCCAUGAACCCAUCACCAAGUAACAGGCUUACACAUGUUUUGAAUGAGUAAAACUAGUCUUUUAGGGAAACAAUAAGCGAAACCUCGAAUACAUGAAUGCUGAUCAAAUAUUAAUGAAAUUUCAUAAUAUUCUCAUCGAACGCUUGGCUUUGUCAAAGGCUUAAGUGAAAAGCUGAUUCACUGAUUCUCUUCGCUCAAAACUUCAAGGAGAAGAAUAUCGACGCCAUAGUUUUGACUUUUGUUAGUAAUCGGGUGAUAUUGACUGCAAAAAAGUUAACAGCUUUAGCAUGUUCGAUGAAUCACUAUCGGUAGUAAAGAAUUCGUCCGUGCGGUGCGGCUAACCUCUGAUCUUAAAUUUUUCGAAGAUGAUCGAGGAAGAGCCUGCUAGUGAAGGAUGAAAAUGAAAGAUGCAGAACUAUGCACGACAAUCUUCUGCUUCACGUUGUUGAUGUCAUCUACAGUAGCUUGUCGUGCAUCGGAAUACAACAUCACAACGUUUGUUGAGAAUGCGAACGUCAUCGGAAGAUCGAAUAGUUCUUAUCAGCAUGUUAACAUAAGGAAUGCUUCAUUUAACAUGCGAUAUGAACUUUUGGACAAGAACAAGGGGCUUGCGAAUAUCAUAGAGGUGUUAUCUGAAAAUAGUUCAAAAAACAGAGUGGGGCUAGAAACCUACUUUGUUGGAGAUAAAAUAGAACAGAUCUUGCAGGAAGUGCAUGCCAUCAAGAAAGAUGUUCAUUCAUUGGAAAUUGAAAACUGCUCUGAGGUGUCAAUGUUUACCAUCAAAGAGCUAAAAUUCUGUAAAAGAUAUAAACAAGUCUAUGUCAAUGCUCUGGAAACAUUAAUGAAGGAUGUGUUCACUCAGCCAAUCAUGAUUAUUGUAGAAGAAGAUCAAUGUGCCCAUUACUUUGCUGACAAACUAGCUCAUGUCACGGAUAAACAACGCCAGGAAGGCUCAAGGCAGGACACAGGUGAACUAUACUUUCACAGGAUUGGCGGUGGUUCCACAAUGAUAGAGGAUAUUCGUACAAUGCUCUAUAAGGCUAUAACAACAUCAACAGCAACAAUCAUUUUAUUAUCCUCUGAUGGUUUGACAGAACUAAUUUUGGCAAGAUCAAAAUCAAUUGCUACCUUGAAAUCAAAUGUGAUUUGGGUGACGCUUGAGUCAAACAUCGAAGAAAGAUUUGUUCCUUCAAUUUUGCUGAAUCUCGAGUCGGAUGGAAAUGAUGAUAAUUUGCCAUCAUUAAGUUGGAGCAGCCUAAACUUAUUGAACAUUAAAAGGGCAAUGAUAGUUGGAACUAAAGAGAAUCAACUGUCGAACUCGGAUGCCAAGCUGGUGAUUCGGGAUGCAUUCAAUUUGACGCAAAGUGUUUGUCGUACCAAAAAUGACAAAAAACAAACUGUUCUGGUUUCUUUGCGACGAUCAAAUUUCAACUGGUUACCGAUGUAUUCCUGGUCAAAUGAAAAACAAAUAACAUUACUCUCGUUUGAUCCUAAAUUGUCAUGGCUUACAAGAUCAAAAUUUCAUAAAUCACUGUUAAGGGUUGUGACAAUUCUCGAAGAGCCAUUUGUUGCGACUGUUUCUGAGUACUUUGAUAAGGAGUCGCAGUCGUGUAGUCAAGGUAUUCCUUGUAGGGUUCCACACUCGGUACAUAAUGUUACAAACUGGCAAAUAUCUUGCUGUAUUGGGUUUACAAUGGACCUUCUUGAACGGCUGCAAGACGAUUUGUGGAUCUUGAUAGAUCUUUACGUAGUUGGAGACGGGCUAUACGGGAGUGUUGUUGAUGGAGAAUGGAACGGGAUGGUUGGAGAACUUGUUAAAGGAAAUGCUGAUUUGAUUAUGGCACCUAUAACAACAACUUCAAAAAGAUCUAAUGUCAUUGACUUUGGGGAAACGGUUCUAGAUGUAGCUUUUGCCAUUGUUCUUCUCUCCAAUCAAAAGACUGAGUUUCCAUUCGUCAACCUGAGCUUUGUAGAAAAUAUCGACGGAUCUUUAUUGUUAGUUCUUCUUGCAAUGUUUUUGUUCGGACUUUUCUUCAUUUAUCUCCUGGAAAACACGCUAUUUUAUAAAAGAAACGAGAGCUCAAAGAAGAUUUAUAACUUUAAGGAUGGCUUCUCGUACAUUUCGGGGAUUACAUUUCAAAGAGAUCUUGGUGGAAAGAACCCGAAGAAAAGCUCGGCAAGGAUCAGUUUUGUCGUCUUUGCUUUUGCAAUGGUGAUUGCUAUGUCUACGUACACUGCAACUCUGACUGCUGUAAAAGUCAAACAAGAAGAUCAGGAUGUUUUCCAAGGAAUGAACGACCCAAAGCUACAGAAUCCUACAAGUAAUUUCAAAUUUGCUACAAUAAAAAGUUCAAGCCUUGAGGAAUACUUCAGGUUUUCUACCAAUUCACACUUCCAUAACAUGCACUUAUUCAUGCAUCAAUACAACAUCAAUACAACUGAAGAUGGGAUAAAGAAACUUCUUAAUGGGCAACUUCAAGCUCUUAUUCUGGAAAAUCCCAUGGCCCAAUAUCGUGCUUCCAAACAAAAGGAUUGUAAUUUCCAAGUUGUCACAACUUCAUCAGGGAAAUCUACGUGGAAUGUCGCAUUCCAACGCGGUUCUGCCUGGAAUAGUGUAAUCUCUACGAAAAUACUGGAGUACAAGGAGCAAGGAUUAAUUUCUGAUUUCUAUAAGAAGUGGAUGCAUAGCAGCUGCAUGACUCAAGGUGGAGUUACAGCAACACAUUAUGAAUUUACGAUAAAACAUUUUGGGGGAUUCAUAGUUAUUCUUAGCGUCUCUUUCAUCAUUUCUUUUGUCAUUCUUUUGUUGGAACACAUUUUCUUUAAGAAAAAAGAGCACACAAAUAGAUAUAAAUUGAAAGCUUAGGUUCUCCUGCUACACAUGGUACAAGAAAGCAUCUAGACGCAUUAAAAAGUGGUCGUAAAUUGUCAACAUUAACUUGCUCACAAAAUCAAAAUUGCUCACUUUAUUUUGUAGUAUUCAUUAAGUUUGUAAUGCCAAAAUCAAUGCGUUCUUAUGUUUCUUU